AUGACUUUGAUCUCAUGCUGGAAGUCUCGACGUACUUCAGACUGUCACAAUUCGUCCCUCAGGGACGGCUUCAUAGUCCUGGUGGUUAAUGCCAAGCUGCGCGGCUGUCUUUCGCAUCUCCUCGAGAACUCGCUCCCGUUUUCCACGCUCGACUCGCUGAGCGGCGGUGUGCUGAUCCGGUUCGGUGUUCAUUGUCCUUCACUUGGUCAAAAGACUAAGUAUGCCAUUCGGGAGGUUGGCUUCACUUCGGGAAAGCAUGACGGCUCCAACGUAGUACAUAACGCUUGGCGAACCGCUCCUCUGCCUCCUCUCCGAGCCCCUCCUGCGCCGCGGCCUCGACCCCGAGGACGAUCGAGACCCAUGGCCAGUUGCACUUGUACCCUGGUAAAAAACGACUUGUCGUCGGUGAAAGUCCAGACGGACGUCCGUGAAUUGCAAAUUUCAACUGCCAUUAACCAACCUAUAGCGCCUACGAAUCGAAUCAUCAAGGGCAUCCCCUGCAGAUCACUACAAGGCAAGUUCAACGACCAGCUCCCGACCGUCAAUCGGCUCCCGUUCUACCAGGAUCCUGCCUGGCAACUCCGGCACCUGUGGAGAAACGUUCAGAAGAACGUAGGGCCACUUCAAUCCCAUGGUUCCGACUUUUACGGAAAAGUCGAGACUAUCAUUAGUUGCUUUACCCAACCAGCCCGGCACCUGAUGUUAGAGAGCAAGUUCACCCUGCGCGAUCUGCUUAGCCUGCCACCCAUCAUAGCCUCCUAUCCGACCGGCAAUUUCAAGAUCCAAGCGUCAUUGGCGUAUACGCCGGUCAAUCUCAAACCUCACUUUGGGGACGGCAAAACGACCAUGAUACCAACGCGGAUGACUUGUGAAACAAGAGUACGCAUUACAACACUCGGCGCACCUCCGAAAGCUGCCGCCACAUCGUGCCGAUUGUCUUAUUCGAUCGCACCCAGACUCGAUGCCUGA